AGCCAUUCUGCUCCAUUUGCUCCAGUCGCUCAACCCGUCUAUCCAUCCACAUGGCGCAAAAGCUUAGUGAUGAGUGUAGAAUGAUUUUGGCUUUGGGACUGGAGCCUCCUAGUGGCAAGCUUCUCUCAGCAGCAAGACGUAGAGCCAUCGCCGUGAAUGGACCUGCAGCAGCAGAGACUUGUCGACCAGUCCGGGCGUUUGGUGUUUUUGACUCAGCACACCGUGCCGAGCGGGCCGAGCACGCCGAGCGUGCCGAGCGAGAGCGAGAGAGGAGAGAGGAGAGAGGAGAGAGAGGGAGGGAAGACGUCUGACCGACGUUUUCUCAGGUCCAAUUCAAGGAUGUGCGCUUGGAGAUUGGAGGCAGAGUGCGCGAAGCAGCUCAAGGUCGCCAAGAGCGUCGCCAAGAGGGUCUUGUGGACAGUCAGAGUGAAGAAACCAGCCGCGCCCACAAUGUCCGAACCUAGAGCUGAUCGUGGCCGCACAGGCAUAGCUCAAGGAUCGAUCAUGGACUGCGUUGCUUCUCUUCGUGAGAGUGGUGCGGACCUGCCAUAGCUAGAGAAACAGACUGUUUGAUUGAGUUUGAAAUUGUUGGGGAGAAUUGUUGUUGGAUCAUCAAAUGUAAAAGAACACACACACACAUGGUGGACAGCUGUUCAGACGUCGAAGAAUCCAGUAAUGAAUGCCUGAAAGGCGGUUUUAAGCAAUUUUUCGCCAAAGAAUCAUUUAAUUGAGCUGAGUCAAGCCUUGUGCAGGUGUGGUGUUUUGCUUAAGCCUUCCUUGUUCGCACAGAUAAACGCACGUCCUUCUUCUUGGGACUCUCUCAGCCAACCUCUCAGUCAGUCAGACGUGAGACGCCUUCCUCUUGAAAAGGCUGUUGCGCAGACAAGAUCUGUGGCAAAUAAGCCUUUGCCUGACCAGCGUAGCUGCCUGGAGCAAAGAUGCUGGUCAAGAGUUCUCACCUUCUCUUGACGGAAGCAAUUCAAACAACUGCUGUGGCUCUGUCGGCGUUGUCCCGACCGUUUGAAAGGAUGAGGAUGAGCGAUGAGCGAUUUUAUUCAAACAAGCUCAUGCCACAAUGGAUUGACGCUGCAGGAUUUGUGAAUUGUUC